AUGGCUCUGAGCAACCUCACCAUUGGGGUAGUCUGCUGCGUAGUGGUAGCCAUCAUCGCCUUGGCUACCAGAAAGCAGCCCGAUGCAAGAGAACCUCCCUACGUUAAGGAGACUGUCCCGUACUUCGGUCACAUCUAUGGACUCUUGAAGCAUGGCUUACGAUACUUUGAUCUUGUCAGCGCUCAACAACCGCAUCCAAUCUUCACGAUUGACAUGUCGGGACAAAAGAACUACAUCGUGACAUCUCCAGAACUUGUCCAAGCUGUUCAGCGCAACACAACUUCUCUGUCAUUCAGCCCAGCUAUGAUCCCGGCGUUUCGUCGAAUGAUGGGUUUCGACGAGGCCGGUAUGGAACUCAUCUUUCGUGAUGCUCAUACUGAGAAUGGCAUGUAUGGUGAGAUCCAUAGAGUUCAAAAAGCCUCCUUGCUCCCGGGUACAGAAUCCCUUGAUGAACUUUGCAUGCUCAUUCGUGCCAAACUGCUCACUAUCGUCAACGAGCUUCCUUCAAGCCAGACAAUCGAUCUUUAUGCAUGGGUUCAGGAUCUGUUUAUGAAAACAAACAAUUCUGCUUGUUUUGGCGAGAAGGAUCCAUUCACUCUCGAUCCAUCCCUCAAGUCAACAUUUUGGGCCUGGGAAGCUAAUAUCAAGGUUCUCCUCCUUGGAGUCCCUUGGUUCUUGAGCCCUAAGAAGCACUCCACAGCACAGAGGACUCGCAAAGAGCUCGUCGAUGCAUUCUUGAAGUAUCUCAACGACGACGGUCUUGAUUCCGCUUGCUCGUUCAUCAAAGAACUUUCGGGGUUGGGCAUCCGACGAGGUUUGAGUAAUGAGAAUAAUGCUCGUGCUCUACUUGGCAGCAUCCUUGCGAUUGUCGGAAACACCAUCCCCACGACAUUCUGGCUGUUGAUAUCGAUCUUCUCUAGGCCAGAUCUGUUGAAGGAGAUUCGGUCCGAACUUGAAGCCACCCUUGAAGAUUCUUCUUCUGGGACAAUAUCUCUCGACUACAACACCAUUCGUGAAAAAUGCCCGGUCUUCAUGUCAACUUAUGAUGAAGUCCUCCGAAUGACGAGUGGCAUUGCCACAGUGCGGUAUACCAACGAAGACACUCUCAUCCAGGACCGCUGGCUGCUGAAGAAAGGGGCUCAAGUCCAGAUGCCAACAGCGUUCAUCCACGCCGAUCCAACAACCUGGGGUGCGGAUGCGGAUGUCUUUGACCACACAAGAUUCCUGAAGUCCAAGGUCCUCACCAAGGAUCAGAAGACCCGAAGAGCUGCCGCGUUCAGGCCAUUUGGUGGUGGUAAUACCCUCUGCCCUGGUCGCCACUUUGCAUCUUAUGAAGUCCUGACCUUUGUGGGAAGCGUUCUGCUAGGUUUUGAUAUGGCUCCAACGGUGAAGACCUUCGAUGUUCCUCAAAUGGACAGGUCGAAGCUUCCUUUGACGUCUCUUAAGCCAGCUGGUGAUAUUAAGGUGAAUUUGUUGAGGAGACUUGGUUGGGAAGAGGCGCAGUUUAGAUAG